AACUGGAACAAGCAUUUAAUUUGGAGUAAUAAUAACUUUGGUUAAUACACCAUAUAUGAUGUACUAUAUAUCAACAUGUUGCACAACCAAGCUAGCCUAGAACUUUCAAGGAAACCUCAGAGGGCUUCUUUCGAUUCUGAGAUAGAAACCUACACAAUCAUCACUACAGGCUUUGUCGGCGGUUCCCUCUGUAAGAGAGAACAAAGACAAGGGAGGCAGCGAACAUGACAGAGAAAACAACGUUUGAUUCCAACGAAAAUUUGGGGUAUGCAAUUGCGCGAGUAGAGAAAGAUAGCCCUGAGACUGUAGUCGCCAAAGUCCGUCUCAUGAAAGCACUCGUUCAAACACGGGAUCCCUCUUCUAAGGAAGAGGAUGAUUUGUCAUUUAGAAGAUUCCUGCGCGCCCGUGAUUUAGAUGUGGAAAAGGCUUCGGCAAUGUUCCUCAAAUACUUGAAAUGGAGACACUCUUUUGUUCCAAAUGGUUCUAUAUCUCUGUCAGAGGUUCCAAAUGAACUUGCACAAGACAAGAUGUUCGCCCAAGGACAUGAUAAGAUAGGUCGACCUAUAACUAUUGUCUUCGGUAGAAAUCAUUUUCAAAACAAAGAUGGCGGUCUCGAUGAAUUCAAACGGUUUGUAGUCUAUGGUCUUGAUAAACUAUGUGCAAGUAUGCCACCUGGGCAAGAGAAAUUUGUAGGUAUAGCAGAACUUCAGGGAUGGGGAUACUCAAACAGUGACAUGCGUGGAUACGGGAGUGCUCUAUCUAUUUUGCAGGAUUAUUACCCCGAAAGGUUGGGCAAGUUGUUUAUUGUCCAUGCACCAUAUAUUUUUAUGACAGUGUGGAAAAUUAUUUACCCCUUCAUUGACAACAAAACCAAGAAGAAGAUAGUAUUUGUGGAGAGCAAUAAAGUGAAAUCAACACUGCUAGAAGACAUAGACGAAAGUCAGCUUCCAGAGAUCUACGGUGGCCCACUACCAUUAGUCCCGAUUCAGGAUAGCUGAUUAUGUGACCACUGCCAAAAUAAGGAUAUAAUCAGCAAAAGAAAUGAAAUAUUAACUAAUGCUUCUAUUUCCUAUUUAUGUUUUCGUUUGGCAUUUUCUUUUUACUCGUAUCAUUUUACACAUUUGUGUAAGGUAUCAUUAGUAAAAGAUUUGAGUAAAAUAAGAUGCUCAGGUUGUCUCAGCAGAUACAUUCAAAGGAAACAAACGAAACUUAGAGCAACGGAUAGUAAAAUUUGAUGUGGGCUAUGAUGCAGAAUGCUAUUUCACAUGAACCUGGUCAUUGUUUACACUUUCAAAGGAGAAAUUCAGAUCUAGUAGUAUUUAAGAAUCUACUUUGUGCCAUCCAUGUAGAGCUGGGUAUAUGGAUUUAAUCUCGCGGGUCAAGCUGUUUAACAUGAGGGUUAUUAAAUGGGUUAAGAU